CGACGGCGGCGCGCUGGGCAGCGCAGCUGCAGCUCCCCUUUCCCCUUUCCAGGGCGAGAGGUGUCUAUGGGGCGCCCGCUGCCGCCGUCGGUCCCGCCACCGCCGCCGUCGCCGCCGCCGGGUGCUAUCUCUAUGGCGAGGAGGAAGAGGAGGAGCGCGAGCUCAGAGACACAAGUGCACAAGUAAAGGGUAGAAUAUUUUUAUGAAACACAUCUUCAAUCAAGUGUAACGUUUGAUGCUUGGCAUCUAGGCUCCUUGUGCUGUCACUAUGCCAGCAGCAACUGUAGAUCAUAGCCAAAGAAUUUGUGAAGUUUGGGCUUGUAACCUGGAUGAAGAGAUGAAGAAAAUUCGUCAAGUUAUCCGAAAAUAUAAUUAUGUUGCUAUGGACACCGAGUUUCCAGGUGUUGUUGCAAGGCCCAUUGGAGAAUUCAGGAGCAAUGCUGACUAUCAAUACCAACUAUUGCGGUGUAAUGUAGACUUGUUAAAGAUAAUUCAGCUAGGACUGACAUUUAUGAAUGAGCAAGGAGAAUACCCUCCAGGAACUUCAACUUGGCAGUUUAAUUUUAAAUUUAAUUUGACGGAGGACAUGUAUGCUCAGGACUCUAUAGAGCUACUAACAACAUCUGGUAUCCAGUUUAAAAAACACGAGGAGGAAGGAAUUGAGACCCAAUACUUUGCAGAGCUUCUUAUGACUUCAGGAGUGGUUCUAUGUGAAGGGGUCAAAUGGUUAUCAUUUCAUAGUGGUUAUGACUUUGGCUAUUUAAUCAAAAUCCUGACGAACUCUAACUUGCCUGAAGAAGAACUUGAUUUCUUUGAGAUCCUUCGAUUAUUUUUUCCUGUCAUUUAUGAUGUGAAGUACCUCAUGAAGAGCUGCAAAAAUCUCAAAGGUGGAUUGCAGGAAGUUGCUGAACAGUUAGAGCUGGAACGGAUAGGACCUCAACACCAAGCGGGAUCUGAUUCACUGCUUACAGGAAUGGCCUUUUUCAAAAUGAGAGAAAUGUUCUUUGAAGAUCAUAUUGAUGAUGCCAAAUACUGUGGUCAUUUAUACGGCCUUGGUUCUGGUUCAUCCUAUGUACAGAAUGGCACAGGGAAUGCAUAUGAAGAGGAAGCCAACAAGCAGUCAUGACAUAAAAUAGUCUUUUUAUUUUUAUUUUAUACGAGUUACACACAUGCUUGUACAUAGGUUUUAUCUCUGGUUGAAACCCUUAAAUGAUAGGCAAUACCUCCCCCUCCUUUUGUAGCCCUUAUUUUCUGCUUUCAGUACUAAAUAUGGCCUUUCCUAGCUGUGAUCUUAAUAAAUAAAAGUACAUUCAGGUUAAAUCUGGCCUUAAUUUAAUACACUUCUUAUCAAGCUUGUGUGACAAAGCUACAUUACUGAGUAAUUUGAUAAACUUUGCCUACUUGAGCUUGGUUUUGUUUUCCCUUUUCAUAAAUUAACUAGCAUUGACUGUAAUUUAUUUCCCUGUUUCAUGCCUCUCCUAUUCUGCAGUACUUAUAGGUGUUUAAAAUUGUGGACCAUCAAGUUUGCACUUUAGAGAGUGAUCCCAAUCCUCUUGUUUUAUCAGAAAUUGUGGAUUUUCUCGCUCUUAGCUGGAAAAAUGACCAUCUGCCACCUUUUUACAGUAUUUGCUUGUUUUUGACAUUCAGAGUACAGCACAUCCAUUGUGCGAGUUGUUGAUUCAACAAGACUAACAAAAAGACAAGGAACUACUGAAGAGCCUGGGAGCUACUGUUUCUGUGUGGUGUUGAACCUUCCAAGCACAUCUCGGGUCUCUUGGUUUCCAAUUAACUGCAUAGGCUGCUCUGUGACUGAAGACUUUGAGACCGGCUUUACACCCUUCAGGAAGAAGCCCUGUGAUUGGACUUUACUAUUUGCCAGAAAACUGCCGUUCAAGAUGUUGGAGCUACAGUCAUAUUUCAUGACAGCGCUGCUUCUCUUGAUCAGCUUCCUUUUACUCCAUCACUUUUACCCUUACUGUUUUAUUUUAGAGGCAUAUUUAUGACGUUCUUGAUUUGUUGACUACACAAAUCAAUUUCAUUAAAGUCCAAAGAUAACAAGUCUUUAGGUACAUUUUAUAUCAAAUUUAAAAAGCAAAAAAAUGUGAUUUCAUACAUGCUACAAAAUAAGUAAUAGAGAGAUUUGGUGCAAAACAACAAAAUGCAAAAUAUAUAAAUACACACACACAUAUAUAUAGCUAAUAAAAUUCCCUGAGGAGUGUAAUGCUUGUUUAUUUUUUUGUGUAUAUCUUUGCAAUCUAUUUUAUAUAUAUUGACAAGAGACUGUGAAAUAUUUAGCCAUGCAGACUAUGUGACCAGACCAGAGCAUGUGUUGGAAGAUUUUGGUGAUCAUUAACUCUACCCUGAAGUGAUGGACUACAAGUUGUAAUGUGUGUUAUCUACACUUCAAUCAAUAUCAACAAGUCUCCAAAUGUUAGCAGCAUAGUUCGUUUUCCUUGGACAUUCAUGAUACUAAAAUGCUGUAACUGGGCGGUCCUUUUUAAACUAAACA